GUUAUGAACUCUUCUCGCACUGAGCGCGCUUCUUGAGCGCGAGGUCGCCGAUGAAUACUGUGAAGACGAAGGAUCCGGGUCCGGAGACUCUAGCUCAAAGAGGUGUUUCAACUAGCACUAAACGCCGGCAACUACCUUUAGUAAUCCACGGGGCUUCUCUCUGGAAGAAGCGCCGACAUUACAACCCUUUCUCAACCACCCUAACCGAUCCUGUCGCCGGCCCGCCCAUUUAGAAACCCUACCCCAGAGAAUCCGAUCACAUGGAACUACAAGAUUGGGUAUGUGGAUAAGAGAACUGACAAUUCAAAUAUCAUAGCAAAGUAAGUCGACGCAUUGAAGUCAUGCUUGGAAGCCCGUAGUCGCCAAGGUAUGGAGGCUUGUGGUGGAGUUGCCCAGGAGAGCCUAAGAGAGAUGGUUGAGAAGGCGGAGCAUCUGAUUCGGAGCCAAAAGUCCCAUACGGCAGGUGCACAAAACAUACUCCUGUAAGUGUGAGCGCAACAUGAAGGAUAUAGGUUCAUGUCUAUUGAGCUAGGAGGGUUGAGCAAUGCACGAUAUCGCAUGGCCUAGACCUCUCAUUUCUAUUACUGCUGGGCAUCAUGAGACCAUGGUCGGCUACCACGGCUACUUGGUGGUUCUCUGCAUGGCCCGGCGCUCUAUCUCACGAACAUAAAGUAACACAUAUCCGUAGCUCUAUCUCAUGCUGAUCAACGCUUGCUCAACCAUCUGCAUCCUUGAGUGAACAUCGUCACGAUGAAAGCUGCGACAUUCCUGGCGGCCCUUGCGGCUGGCGCUCAGGCCCUUUCAACCAAUGGCUGGACCAAACAGUCGAUCUACCAAGUCUUGACCGACCGUUUCGCACGCACUGAUGGCUCAACGUCUUCUUGUUCCAAUCUGCGUUCGUACUGUGGUGGAACAUGGCAAGGCCUUAUCAAGAAGUUGGACUAUAUCCAAAACAUGGGCUUCACAGCCGUAUGGAUUAGUCCCGUGGUGAAGAACAUCGAGGCCAACACGCCCUAUGGUCUAGCCUACCACGGUUACUGGGCUCAGGACAUUUACUCCCUCAACUCUCACUUCGGCACAGAGGCUGAUCUGAAGGCGCUCUCGAAGGCGCUUCACGACCGCGGGAUGUAUCUGAUGGUGGACAUAGUAGUAAACCACUACGCCGCGAACUCAGCACCCGGGAACAUCGACUACAGCCAGUUCAACCCUUUCAACACGGCCGAUAAAUUCCACUCAUACUGCCCUAUCGACUACAACAAUCAGAACUCGAUCAUCAAGUGCUGGCUCGGUGACACCAAGGUGCCGCUGCCAGACGUCAAGACCGAAGACUCUGGCGUGCGUGACACGUUCAAUGGAUGGAUCAAGGACCUCGUCUCUACUUAUGGUAUCGAUGGCCUGCGAAUUGAUACCGUUCAGCAUGUUGAGAAAGACUUCUGGCCUGGCUUCGAAAAUGCCGCGGGCUGCUAUUCCGUCGGUGAGAUUUUCAACGGCGACCCGAACCUCUUCCCCGACUGGUUGAAAUACAUCAGCGGCGCAAUGAACUACCCUGCCUACUACUGGAUCACCCGCGCCUUCCAAUCGACCUCGGCAACAAUGACCGAUCUCCUCAACGGGAUCAACACGAUGAAAGGGCUAAUGGCAACCAAGACAUUCGGCUCAUUCAUCGAGAACCACGACAACCCGCGCUUCCCGGCGCUGACAUCGGACAUGGCGCUCGACAAGAACGCGAUCGCCUUCACGAUGCUCAUGGACGGCAUUCCCAUAAUAUACCAAGGCCAAGAGCAGCACUUCAGCGGGGACGAGGACCCCAACAACCGCGAGCCCCUGUGGACAUCGCAGUACGCGACCAACAACGCCUUGUACCCGUGGAUCCAAAAGCUCAACCAAAUCCGGAACCAAGCGAUCUUCGUCGGCGGCGACGACUACAUCAACUACCAGGCCUGGCCGACGUCUCCUGAUUCCAAGACCAUUGUCCUGCGCAAGGGACUGAAGGGAUCGCAGGUUGUCAGCUCGUUCACGAACGUUGGUGCGAACGGGGGCACUCACGGUGUCACGCUGAACAGCGAUUACACUGGUUUCACGGCCAACCAGGCCCUUACCGAGGUCAUGUCGUGCACGAGCGUGACGACGGAUGGGAGCGGCACGCUGUCGUUUUCGCAGGGGCCCGAGACGAAGGUGUUCUUCCCCACCGCGAAAUUGGCUGGGAGUGGGGUGUGCGGUGGUAAUAGCGGAGGCGGCGGCGGCGGCGACGGCGGUGGCAACGGUGGCGGCAGUGGCAGCUGCACCUCGGUCCCCAUAACAUUCAACGAGAUCGUGACAACCAGCCUCGGAGAAACAAUCAAGAUCCUAGGCAACAUCCCGGCCCUAGGCAGCUGGAGUCCGAGCGGCGCCAUCGCCCUCGACGCAUCGCAGUAUACGUCGUCGAACCAUCUCUGGCGCGGCACGGUCAAUCUCCCGCCUGGCACGACCGUGCAGUACAAGUAUAUCAAGGUCGGUUCCAACGGGGCGGUCACGUGGGAGUCUGAUCCCAACCGCUCGUUCACGGUGCCGACGGCGUGCGAUAGUGGGGUGACGAGGUCGGAUUCGUGGCGGUGAUUUUUCAUUUGAUUUGUAUAUAUUUGCUUUGCAGUAUAUAUUUGGGAAUUUGUAUUAACUACCUUAUAAUCUUUUAGAGCAUAGGGAAUUUGAGAAAUACAUGCAUGAUGUGACGUCUAUUGUUUGUCUGUUCAAUCUACGGCUUCACUAACUUUCGGAAUUUACUAAAUUCAAAUCAC